UAGACGUGGCAGCAUCAAGAGAAAUGUCAAGUGCUGUCAAGUAAGUAACGUCAAAAUCUCCACUUCGUACGGAUAGUUUACAAGAUGGUUGCUUGCGCUAGCGUGUGCUCUCUGUAACUCUCUGUAUUGAUUCGACGUACACAGUCAAAGUUCUAAGUGAAUUAAUUUCAAAUAAUUCCUAAAUAUUCCCUAAAUACCAGCCUACCUUCACCAUGUCUGUUAAAGUGUUUGAAGCGCGGGAACACAUCAAAGCCGCGGAGAAAUUCCUGAAGACUUCGUUGCUGCGUUGGAAACCAGACUACGACUCCGCUGCGGACGAAUACAGCCAAGCCGCGCAAUGCUUCCGCAUCGCUCGCGACAUGGAGAACUCGAAAGAGUGCCACCUGAAGGCGUCAGAGAACUACAAGAAGAACCGGGCCUUCUUCCACGCUGCCAAGGCCUUGGAGAACGCCAUCAUCGUGAGCAAGGAGAUCUCGACGCAUGAGGAGGUAAGUGACUUUCAGGAGCAGUCGAUGAAACAAUAUAAAUAAAUAUAUCUUUAUGUA